UGGGUGGAGUAGUAAUAAAUCAAAGAAGGAGAAAUAGCUUUCUUUAAAUCUACGCUUUUAACAGUGCCAUUGCCAUAAACCCCCCAACAAAAAUCAACUACCAACACUCCAUAUCUUAUUGUUUUUUGUUUUCAACAUCAGAUCUCGCAACGCAAGUCUCUUGCUAGAAAUUAUAUUGUAGGACACUUUUUCUUGGAUCUUUCGAUCUCUAUCUCACUCUUUUGAAUUUUAUCCACGCCAUUCUUCAGGUCGCAUUUCAAUCGAAUUUCUCUCUUAGUUCCUUGGUCAAACAGUUUGUUGAGUUUGGAGAUUUUGAUUCGGAAAUCAUUUUUUUCCAAAUUUUGUGCAUCUGCUGGCUUCGAAUGAUAUGCCAUUGUGAAAUAGCUGUUUUAACGAUUGAAAUUGGAGGGUGAUGUUUCGCCAUUAGGUAUGUGUGGUGGCUUGAUUUGGGGUACGUAGAUGGCUUUUAGAUAGAGUACGAAGGGAAAUGGUAGAGAGUUGUUCCGAUAAUAAACGAGAGGUUGACUGCACAGCCGUUAAUCACAAUUCCAGUGAAAUUCGGGGUUCUCAUAUUCACAGAGACCCUUCAUUUUCACGCUGGUGCGAUGAAGAUAGGAAUCUUCAUUUUGAACGUCAAUUAGAAAAUUCUGGUGCAAGCGUUGAAGAUUCUGAUUUUGAGUUGCCUUUGCUUCCACAGGAGAGGGUAGAAGAUGGGAGUGUAGGUAUCGAUAUUUAUCAAUAUAAAAAUAAGUUCCAUAACAAAAUUGUGCACUUGAGUGGUAAUAAUACCAUGGAUCAGGAAAUCAAUGUGCAUACCAUGGAUCAUGAAGUCAGUAUACACACAAUGGAUCAUGAAACCAACAUACAUAGCAGAGGGAAAGAAAAAGAUAAUUAUGUGCCAUUUGAUAUUGAAGAUAGAUCUCCCAUGGAGAUGCGUUCAUCAAAUAGCAGUGAUGAUGCAGCUGAUUCUUUUGCCAAUCAUGGGAAGUCGUCACUGAAGUCCAAGGGCCCUGUAUCUUGUGCCGAUGUGUUGAAGACUUUGUUUUUUAUACUUGUUUGGUACACUUUCAGCACAUUUUUGACCUUAUACAAUAAAACUCUCUUAGGGGAUGACUUGGGAAAAUUCCCUGGUCCAUUGCUGAUGAAUACUGUCCAUUUUUCCAUGCAAGCUGUUCUAUCAAACUGCAUCACAUGGUUUUGGUCUCAUAGAUUUCAUCUCACUGUUUCUAUGACAUGGAGGGAUUAUUUUAUGAGAGUUGUACCAACAGCUCUUGGAACAGCAUUUGACGUUAACCUGAGCAAUGCAUCCCUUGUUUUGGUCUCUGUCACAUUUGCAACAAUGUGUAAAUCUGCAUCUCCUAUAUUUCUUCUCCUAUUUGCUUUUGCAUUCAGGUUGGAGUCUCCAAGCAUUAAACUUUUAGGUAUCAUCAUAAUAAUCUGUGUUGGAAUUUUAUUGACAGUGGCAAAGGAGGCAGAAUUUGAAUUUUGGGGAUUUAUUUUUGUUAUGCUUUCUGCUGUUAUGUCUGGGUUUCGCUGGUGUAUGACUCAAAUUCUUCUGCAGAAAGAAGAAUAUGGUUUGAAAAAUCCACUUACAUUGAUGAGCUAUGUGACUCCAGUGAUGGCAAUUGCAACUGCUCUUCUAUCUCUUAUAUUUGAUCCGUGGUAUGAAUUUAAAAAGAGUAGUUACUUUGAUAAUUCUUGGCAUAUUGCUCGGAGCUGCUUGUUGAUGUUUUUUGGUGGAGCACUGGCCUUUUUCAUGGUUUUAACAGAAUUUGUCCUUGUUUCAGUAACUAGUGCUGUCACUGUUACUAUUGCUGGUGUUGUCAAGGAGGCAGUCACCAUAUUGGUUGCUGUCUUUUACUUCCAUGACGAAUUUACAUGGCUUAAAGGUCUUGGCCUUUUAAUCAUAAUGGUGGGCGUGAGUUUAUUCAACUGGUACAAGUAUGAUAAGCUACAAAAGCAUCAAAUGAGUGAAGAUGACUUGGUUGGGUCACCUACAACAAAUUUUGCUGCAAAAUAUGUCAUACUGGAGGAAAUGGGUGAUGAAAAUGACGUGAGUUAGAGCUUUUGUAUUAUUGAGUCGUUGGUUGUUGGAGAAGCGUGUGAUGAGUGCUGCUGUCAAGGGGCAACUAAUUAUGUAUUUGCAGAUUUCUUCAGUCAAUUGCUCUUUUACUUGUACUUUUAUCAAAUGAUUGUGGAUUAUGAAAUUUUGGGACGUAAUAACAGUCCAGAUUUAUUACUCAAGACUUUUUCCUUAGGCAUGAUUGUAGAAGAGCAUGUUUAUUUUUAUCCAAAGUUUUCUCAAAAUUUGAGUAGUAGAGGAUAUUUUUUACUUCCAAAGUUACACUUCUGUAAUACUUGGUUGAUUCAAUUGAGGGUGCUGCGGUCCCCACCAAUCUUACCUAUGUUGUUUACACAUAGGAUGUA